GGACGACUCCUCUCUGCAUGGCGGAGAGCCUCCUCUCAAACGUCAGCUGAAAAACAGGCACAUCGCCAUGAUCAGUAUCGGUGGUGUCAUUGGAACGGGUCUCUUCUUGGGUACCGCCAACGCUCUACGGUGGGGUGGCCCUCUUGGUCUCCUCUUAGGUUACGCUGUUGUUGGUUCGAUAUGUUACAGUGUCAUGAUUUCCCUUGGCGAGAUGAUUGCCUACCUCCCUAUACCAGGAGGUCACAUUAAACUUGCAGAGCGUUUCGUAGACCCUGCCUGGUCCUUUGCAAUGGGAUGGAAUUACUGGUAUAACUGGACAAUCAUUUCACCUGCCGAACUAUCCGCAGCAGCUGUUCUUAUCAACUAUUGGAAUCAGUCUAUCAAUAACUCUGCCUGGAUUGCUAUUUGCCUCGUCGUCGUUGUAACGAUCAACAUGUGUGGAGCAGGUGUAUAUGGAGAAGCUGAGUUUAUCUUUGCCUCCAUCAAGGUCAUUACUAUCACUGGUCUGAUCAUUUUGGGUAUUGUAAUUGACCUCGGAGGAGGUCCUGAUCAUGAUCGUAUUGGUUUCCGGUACUGGAAAAACCCAGGACCAUUCGUUCAGUACAACGGCAUUUCAGGAAGUGAAGGACGGUUCCUUGGCUGGUGGGCUGUCAUGACUCAGGCUGCCUUCUCAUUUAUUGGUACUGAGAUCGUUGCUAUCGCAGCUGGAGAGGCCAAAAACCCACGCCGUAAUUUGCCCAAAGCGAUUCGUAGGGUCUAUAUUCGUAUCCUCUUAUUCUACAUCCUCGGGACGUUCAUAAUUGGCCUGCUUGUGCCGUCGAACAAUCCUCUUUUGAACCUGUCUGGUGCGGGAUCAGGUACGGCUGCGGCCUCGCCAUUUGUGAUCGCUAUCGAGAUAGCCGGCAUUAAGGCGUUACCUUCGAUCAUCAACGCGUGUCUGCUUACUUCAGCUUGGUCUGCUGCAUCCAGUGAUCUGUAUACAUCAUCUCGUGCUCUCUACGGUCUCGCUUCUGCUGGUAAUGCGCCCAAGAUCUUCAUGAAGACGUCCAAGCGGGGUCUGCCUUACGUCUCAGUCAUUUUCUGCGCGAUGUUCUCGCUCCUCGCGUUCAUGGGUGUCAACUCAGGUUCAGGCAAAGUCUUUACCUGGUUCUCUAACAUGACGUCCGUUGCUGGUCUCAUGACAUGGUUCGGUAUCACCGUCACCUACCUUCGAUUCUACAAAGGUAUCACUCGUCAAGGUUACGAUCGCAGUAAGCUCCCAUACUCGUCUCGACUCCAGCCAUACGCCGCUUGGUAUGCCUGCAUAUCGUGCAUUGUCAUCUGUUUCUUCAGCGGCUGGACUGUAUUCCUUAAAGACCAGUGGAAUACUGCGACGUUUGUCACCAACUAUCUUCCCUUUGCCCUUUUCCCUGUCCUAUACAUCAGCUCGCGACUGUAUUACCGCGUGGGGCCAGUUUCAGCGGACGACAUGGACUUCGAGAGCGGCCUUGCCGAGAUCGAAGCAGACACCUACGACGAGCCUCCACCAAAGAACAAAUUCGAGGCAUUCUGGGCGUGGCUGAUGUAAUGCACCAUGUUGUAAUAUUUUACAAACCAUGUACACUGCACGCGCUGUGUAUCUAGUCAGUUGGAAGACUGUUUAUAAGGGAUCGUUGUUUGUGAAGAAGGCUAUAUUUUACCUUUCAACUGCGGCUGUAUGCUGAUGUACACUCCCCUUCGUUUUAAUCUUUACAUAUUUUCUCCUUCGAUGUAACUAGCGCCACGCAUGAUAAUAUAAUAUAUUUAGGCGCAGCAUGUGUGUAUUGUGUGAAUACGUGUGGGAUGGUGUGGGUAAGAAGCAAGGAAGAAGGCCAAAUUACCGUUCAGUUUAAAGUAACGAGGAGCCUGAAUGGAC